CCUUGUCCGCUCCCCUCCGAUCCCUCUCACUCGGGAACGACUACAAUAGAAAAAGGUCCACAGGUGCAAAAAUAAAAAAACAAGUCUAGGCCUUCUGAUCCUGGAUGAACGGUCCAGAUUCUAGUGGACGGAUCUGAGUGCACAGGUACUUGGUUCUUUGCAGAAAACUCCCUUGCUUCUACUCGUUUUGCAGGAACAUGGUUGGGCCUUCUCUUCUUCCUAAGAACACAGCAACGCGAACCCCAAUCCCCAACGCGUAGCCGCCAGCUCCAGCUUGCCGACGGUGGUGGCGGGCCAGAUCCGGUGCCUAGCUGGGCGAUUGCGCUCGGUGGAGGUCCAGAUCCAUCCACGACCGUCUUCUCGACGGCGUUUUGGCUGCCCUGGCGGACCCCCUUUGUCCGAAGCUGAGACCUUGUGCGGGCAAGUUCUCCAAGGUACUCUGCUGCGACCUCCAUAGAAAACUAUCAUUCCAUUCUUUCUCCUACCCCAAUGAGCCCAUUCUUCACACGUUGCCUGCAUGUAACUCCGCCAUUUGGGAACAUCGUAGAAGAAAUCUCAAGUCUUCAUGUAUGCUUGUCUGAAAGGUUGAUACUAAUUUGCAUACUUGAUUCUGUAGCAUUUAUUUAGGAAAUCACUUUUGUUCAACUUUUACUGCAAACUGUGUAUGUCAUCUACUCCUCACAAACAAGAACACAAUAUUAUGGACAAAAUUUUACACUUAAAGAGACUUGUGCUUGGAGUUCAGACUGAAGGUGCCAAGUAUUCUGCAAAUAUUAUGUACCAAAUUUCAGACUUGUGCUUGGACAGUCUGAAAGUACUCUACGGAGUAAAAUUUCAUACUUCCAGACUUGUGCUUCGACGGUCUGGAAGUACUUCUGGUUGUACCAAACUUCAUACUUUCAGACUGACAGUCUGAAAGAUAACAUUCGCAAAGAUGACAAUCUAAAAUUACUUGUGCUUGUACCAAAAUUCAAACUUUCAGACUUGUGCUUGGACAGCCUGAAAGUGCCAAAUUUUAGACUAACUUGGACAGUGUGAAAGCCUGAAAGUGCCGAAUACUUGUGCUUCGACAUGUCAUCUACGACAUACAUAUUAUUAGUACUUCAAACUUCUUUGGCGUAAAGAGUACGCGCAGUACAUAAUAUUAUUUAGAAAUCAUUUUGGUUCAACUCUUACUGCAAACUUCAAGCACAAUUCUGUAGCAUAUCAACUUUAAUUAGGAGGACAUGAUAUUUUGACAUAGAUAUCUGAAAGUACUCUUGCUUUAAAAUAGUGCUUGGAGCAUAUGUUGUAUCCUCUAUGAUAAGAUUAAAAAAUUCUGGAUCUUUGGAAAUGAUAUGAACGGCAAGCAUAUGAACAUUUUGUGAAGGUAUAUAUUUUAGAAAAAAGUCCAUUUUACUACCCUGAAAAAAGUUCGUGGUUCACAUAACCCCCUGAUCUUUUUUUCGGUUCCCUUACCCCCCUAAACAAUCCCAAACCGGGCAAAAACCAUCCUUGGCUGGUUUUGCCUAUACCGGAUGCUGAUGUCGACACAGUCAAAGGCGGUAUUUGGCCUGUGGGUGGGGCCCUCUCAGCUAGACACUCUCACUGACUAUUGGGCCCGGUCAAAUAUGACACAUGGGGCCCACAUCUCGGUUGCACGGAGAUUAACAAGGGACUAAUUUAGCCCUAAUUGCAUCAUUAACAGAAGGGGACCCACAUGUCAAUGUCUCAGACUAACCCUAGUGAUGAAGGGGACCCACAUGUCAAUGUCUCAGAUUAACAGAAGGGGACCUAAACUAAUGAUGCCACAUCAGCGUGGUCCUGCUCCGAGGUCGCCGGCGUGGAGGGCUUCAGCGGCGGCGCAUCGGCGCAGUCGUGCUCAGGCGCAGACGUGCGCAAAGGAGGCCGGGGCGACGGUCAAAGCGGCUGCGGAGGUCGUGGCCUCCCGUUGACCAGAGGCGGCCGACCAGGGGUGUGUGGAUGCGGUAGCAAGGGCCGGCCAUGGAUGUGGAGGUGGCGGCGCCACAACGAUGCAGGCGGCCCGGGGAGGCGAGAGACGACCAGAUCUGAGGGUGGCGCCCCCAUCUGAUCUGGUUCCGACCGGAUCCGGACUCCGGUGGCGGUGUGAAGAUGGUACGACGGCGAGCUUGUGGCGGCGGAGUGACCUGUACCUGAGAGAGAGAUACGAGGGAAGAGAGAGGGAGAGGAAAGAGAAGGGAGGAAGGAGAAGCGGGGCACUCGGGGUGGCGCCUUGGAACUCCGGCAGUCGCCGGCGUUGGUCGGAGGCGGGGCAGGGUUCGGGUGCGAGGGAGCGAUGCUCAGGUAGGUAGGCGACGACAAAACGCGGUCCACCUGAUGGAGGCCCACCCACAGGUCAAAACCACCAUUUGACUGUUGCCACGUCAGCGCCAAGAUGAGUCAAAACCAUCCAGGGAUUGAUUUUGCCCGGUAUAGGAUUGUUUAGGGGUGAAAGGAACCGAAAUAAAGAUCAGGGGUUAUGUGAACCACCAACUAUUUUCAGGGUAGUAAAAUGGACUUUUUUCUAUAUUUUAAUCGUGAGUAACAGUAUCUUGGAAGCUUACAGAGAUUUUUAUGUUUUGAGGUGAUUAAGAAGUCAGAUAUUUGGAUUUUGGAGUGAAAUGCAAUUUCUGCUCUGCAUAUGAUGGAUAGAUCAAAGCUCGUCGACUAGUGCUACCUUCGUCCUCCGCUGUUUUGUUGCUGCAUCUCGAACUCAAAAUGGAGGGAAGUAGUGGGACGUCGCCUUUAGGAGAGCCCACCGUUCCAGUAAUCCCAAACUAUUUGUGGAAUCGGCCAAUAGUGUCCAAAAUCAAGAUUUGAGUGAUGCUACCUCAUUUGCAGAAAUAAAUUCCCCAAUGCUUCUCAUUGAUGAUGCGAGUACACCAAAAAAGAAACAAGCCUUCUCUCAAGAGGGUUCUUUGUAUAAACCCCAGUGUGAUGAGGAAUUGAAGCCAAAAGUGGGGAUGCUAUUUGAUGACAUUGGCUCAGUAAUGGAAUUUUACAAGACAUAUGCACACCAUGUCGGAUUUGGUGUACGUCUUGGACAGCAAAAGAUCGUAGAUAAUGUGCUUCUGUGGAAGCGCUUCUUGUGUGCAAAAGAAGGAUUUCGGCCCGAGAAAGGUAUGGUUGUUGUUGAUCAUUCCAAGAAAAGGCAAAAGGUAUGAACUUCGUGCAACAUGGAUACCAGCUUACUUUAUGGAAAUUCCCCUAGCUGGUCUUCUCAGGACAACUUCGGUUUCAGAGAGCGCAAACUCAUUUUUUAAGCGUUUCAUUUGUCGCAAGCUUACCUUUGUUGAGUUUUGGCUAAGAUUUGACACUGCUUUGAAGUGUCAGAGGCAGAAUGAGUUAAUUGCUGAUAACACAAGUGAAUACACAACAAGUGAGUUGGUGACACCAUGGGAAAUAGAGAGACAAGGCAGGGCGGUAUUCACCCACGAGAUUUUUGAAUUAUUUCAGGCCCAGGUGCUUGCUGCCAGAGAUGAUUGUGAUGUUCAGGACACGGAAAAUCGUGAGGGGAUUAAAAUCAUGUUUGUGAGUGAUCAAUACAAAAAGAUUAGAGAAGUGUCUUAUGACACAAUAUCCAUGACUGCUAAAUGUUCUUGCAAGCUUUUUGAGUCCAAUGGAAUCAUGUGCCGCCAUAUUAUCCGAGUGUUGAGGGGUGCGAAAAUAAAUGAAUUGCCAAGAAUUUAUGUUCUUAAGCGGUGGGAGAGAAAUUGCAAAAGGGACAUUAUCUUCGACGGGGAAGGGAACAUACUUGAAGAGAAUUUAAUUGACCCGGUUGACAUGGCUAUGAAAAGGAAGAUAGCUCUCGUUAGGAACAAGCUAGAAGAUCUCAUUCGGAAGACUAAAGGUUCAAUGGAAGGAAUUGAAUUCCUGCACACUAGUUUGUGCAACGCUGAGAUGGCUUUAGCCCAUCUCGUACCGGCUGUAGCAUGCAACACACACGAAAAUGAGGAGUCAUUUAUCGGGAGCAUCAUUCCAAAGCACGUUACUAUCCACACACCUACUGAUAUCAAUGCAAGGGGCACUUGCUCUAGAAUAAAGGGACACAGGGAUGCUGUGAGGAGUGGGUCAAGUGAGAAGAAAAGAAGGCCUGGAAUCCAUCAAAAAGUCGCACGCAAAUGUAGCAUUUGCAAGGAAGUGGUGUUCCAUGAUGCAAGGACAUGUUCUAAGAAACAAAUGACACAACAAUAGAGGUCUGACUUCUCCGAGCACAAGAAGAUUGAUAAGCAAGAGGCACUAGUACUGGAGGCAAAAGGCAGUAGCUUUUCUGUUGUGUACCAAACAGAGCAAACUUGAUGCAAAUUCUGACGGCAAGCUUGUUCAGCAGACAGCGGUGCUUACUUUAGUCCUGCAUACUUUGUGUUGUCUGUGAUGUACCAAAAAUGGUCCUCUCCAUGUUAUGUACUCCCUCCGUUCGAAAUUACUUGUCGCGAAAAUGAAUGUAUGUAGACGUAUUUUAGUUCUAGAUACAUUCAUUUCCGAGACAAGUAAUUUCGAACGGAGGGAGUAACACUUUAUAUGCAUGUGUGUCGUCUCUAUUCUGUUCUGUUCUGUCUGGGAUCGUGCAAUUUAAAAUGUAUGUGUAGUUAUGGUUUAAA